AUGAAGCUGUGGCUCGCGUUGCUGGUGGCUUUCGCCCUCGUGGUGAGUUCUACGGAUCUUAAUAAUCCACACUGAGGAACGCCAGAGUGGUCCUCAGAAGGCUAACCUUGUACCGUUCGAAGGUUCCCCUCUAGGGAUCACAUUAUCUCUCCUAGAGGCGGACUAAAACUUGCCAAAGUGUAGGGGAGAAUAUGUCGUUCAUUGUUGUUUCUCAGUGAUCUAGGAGAAAAUGCAUUUCCGUGCGGGGUGAUCAUUUUCUCUAAAUAAUGUAACUUCGUGGACCACACUUGCUAGUUUAAUAUCUUUUUCUUAAUCGGAAAAUGAUUUUUCGUUCCUCAAUAAUCUGAGCUAUCUGGCUUCUUUCAGACCCCAUCGGACGCGUUUCUCGGAGCUAUAUUUACCGCUGUUUCGGCUCUGGCAAGCCCAGUGCUUAAUGUUCGUUUUGAAAUUUUGUCAGGAAAAACCAAAAAAUCUGUGUUUGUAUGAGUGAUUUUUUUCCUAUCUUCAAUAUUUUUCAAAUGAAUGGUCGACAGAAACUCUUAGAGUACAUUGCCGGUGGGUUGGAAGUUAUACGAAACACAGAAAAAAAAGCCGCUUACGAAAUACGAGAGCAAACUUCGAGUUUAUUUUUGAUCUUUUGAAGUUUUUAUAUCUCAAUAGAUCUCUUCUUGCGUAUUUCUGCAGAAUUCCUCCAGUCCUGAAUAAAAACAAAGAGUUUAAAAACUGCGUCAUAUAUCCGUUGGGAUGGGAAGGUUGCCCCAAACGUGGGACCUUUCGGACAGGACAGCAAUACUUCACUUCGAACUUCAGCUGUUCGGAGUAGGUAGCCGGCCUUCUCCAUCGCCCGACCCUCCUAGUGCUCCUUCGCCGCCCGGGCCUCCUGGCCCUCCUGGUCCGCAGGGCUCUGCUCCCACACAACGCAGUGCCAGCUUCCAAGCAAGUCAAACCGUGUUAAAAAUCAUAGAGCAAGGUUCCCCGGAAAUAGUUUUCGGACCAAGAAUCAAAAUUUCUCAGAAACACCUUUUCUCACCAGGAAACAGCUGAAAAUCGUGAAUUUAUGAGAACUUGAAAUAUAAAAAACCAAAGAAGUAAUUUUUUAAAUGAAACAAAAAGUUUCAGAAAGCCCAAAAAAUUCAUGUGAAGCUGAAAACCUGCCAAGUUAGGUGUUUUCUGAACUUGCCUUAUAAUGAUUUUUGUACAUUCAUUUAGCAAAAACUCAUGUCUCACGAUUAUCAACUUUUUCCGAAGUCGCCUUUCAAAAAUCAGAAAUGGAUUCAAAUAACCAACUUUCCAAGAAUCUUUCAAGCUAUUCUGAGCAAUAACGUUAAAAUGUUUAUAAGUAAAGACUCUUCGUGUUCAAAAUGUUCGAAAAAAGGAAAAACUUAGAAUAUAUUGUUCAAAGUCAAUUUUUUCUGACUCGGCGAGAGAAGCAGAGAUGGGGGCAUUGCGCGUAGCGUGAGCGUUCGCGCUUUUUGGCAUGAGUGCCAAAUAGUAAAGGAGACACAAAAAGCGGUGACCGGGCUUUUCGAAGAAUCGAAGGCGCUCGAAUUGAGCUCUUGCCAAGAACCGCGAACGCGCACGCCACGCGUCCCGCCUCUUUCUCCGCCUCCCUCGCGUUUCAAGUCGUGAAGAAUUGUAACGUCUCCUUCAUGACAUCUUUUCUACAAACGGCGCAAGUCACGUCUUUGAAAACUCUCUGCAAAAAACUAUCUCUGCCAAACGGAAUUCUGUCUUAUCGCGAAUAACCUUUCGUUUUCAGUUCAAUUCUCACGGCCUCUUCGCCAUCAUCCUGGCAGAUAUCAUCCGUGCCGCUCUUUUCUAA